AUGGGCCAGAUGACAGGACACCUUGGUGCGCGGCUCAGCCUGUUGCUGCUCUCCUCCCUUCUCCACCGAGCUGGAGUUUGGGGAUUCCCAAGGCCCCCCGGGAAGCCACCCCUGAACUUGCAGGAGCUGCAAAGGGAGUUCACCAUCAGCCUGCAUCUGGCCAGGAAGCUGCUCUCAGAGGUGCAGGGCCUGGCCCACCGCUUUGCUGAAUAUCACCUUCCUGGAGUGAGCCUGGACCUUCUACCCCAAGGGGAGGAGCUCCCCAAUGUCUCCCUGACCUUCUGGGCCUGGAGCCGCAUCUCGGACCAAGAACGACUCUGCUUCCUGUCCAUGGUGUUGGGUCCCUUCCAUGGCCUGCUGGGAGGCCUGGGGAGCCAGAAGGGUUGGACCAGCUCAGAAAGGAGGCAGCUGUGGGCCGUGAGGCUUGACCUCCGGGAUCUGCAGAGGCAUCUUCGCUUCCAGGUGCAGGAGGCGGGAUUCCCCCUCCCUGAGGAAGAAGAGAAUAAGGAGGAAAAGGCGAGGCUCCCAGGCUCCCAGGACAGCCCCUCACAGGCGGUGGCCCAGGCCUCCUGGCCCCAGCUCGUCUACAACUACCAGCUGCUGCGUUCCUUGGAGCUCGUCUUGUUUCGGGCUACGCUGGACUUGCUUUUGUUCUCUCAGGCUGGGGAUCCAGCAGAGGCCUUGGGGUUCCCACUGUCCAGCCCCCCGCCUUGA